AGAGACGCAGCCAAAGCCAAAGUUCGCGUAGUAUUAUUAUUCCUCGACACCCCUCGCACACUUCUUCCCUUCCCCUCCAAUCCAAUCCCUGCCUUUCUCGCUGCUUAUUCCUCUCCGUUCCCUCCCCUUGCUUCUCGCGCACACUAACCAAUCCGAGCACCCGGCGUCGCGACUCCCGAAUCGCGAGACCCUGAUCGGACCCGAAGCCAUUGGCCCGCCCGUGCCAUUGGCCGAAUCGGGAGGCAUUCGUCUGCGCCGCGUUUCCCAGCCCUGCCCCGUCGUGGCGGUGGCGGUGGUAUGAUCAGCAGAGGAGGACGCGGCGGCGGCAGCGGCGGCGGAGGAGGACGAGAUUAGGGCGUCGGGGGUGGUGGGAAGGGGGAGGAGGUGAUGAAGGCGACGGCGCCGCCGGCGAAGAGGCGUAGGGGCCCGCGGCUGGCGGUGCUGGCGCUCGUCUUCUGCUCGCUGCUCGUACCGAUCGCCUUCCUUUUCAACCGCUUCCCCGCCGUGUAUGUGACGGAUGAGCGCCCCCAACAGGAGAUACAUUUGCCUUCGUUCGAGCGUUCGGUGGUGCAAAGAGGUGGUGUAAAUCAAGUGAUCCAUAGGGGUGGUAGUGAUGUGACCGCAGAGACACAGGUUGUGCCUGGAAAGAUUUCCGAGGGCAAUAUAGAACGCCAUAUUGGUAGUGAACCUUCCAGAGGUAGCACUAAACAAAAAGUUCCCCCACCACCAAAAAUUGAACAACCGAAGCCAAUAGAAGUUCCAGUUGAACCCAGAAAAGACUUCAGUGAGAAUAGCAGCAUGAGACAUCCCAAGGUUCCAAGUGCUGAUGAACUGGAGAAGGCUAAGGCUUGCCAACUUGAAUUUGGGAGUUACUGUCUCUGGUCCAUAGAGCACAAAGAAGUUAUGAAAGAUGCCAUUGUGAAAAGACUAAAAGAUCAGCUCUUUGUAGCUCGAUCUUACUACCCGAGCAUUGCAAAACUUAAGGGAAAGGAGGCACUGACUCGUGAAUUGAAGCAGAAUAUCCAAGAACAUGAGAGGGUUCUAAGUGAAUCCAUUGUUGAUGCUGAUCUACCAUCAUUUAUAAAAAAGAAGAUAGAGAAGAUGGACCAUGCAAUUGCAAGAGCCAAAUCAUGCUCUGUGGAUUGUAACAAUGUUGACAAAAAGCUUCGCCAGAUACUUCAUAUGACAGACGAUGAAGCUCAUUUUCAUAUGAAGCAGAGUGCAUACUUGUACAACCUUGGUGUUCACACGAUGCCCAAAAGUCAUCAUUGUCUUAAUAUGAGGUUGACAGUAGAAUAUUUUAAAUCAACUGCAUUGGAUUCAGAUGACUCUUCUAUCCAUCAAUUUAACAUUCCAGAUCAUAGGCACUAUGUUAUAUUAUCAAAAAAUGUACUUGCAGCUUCCGUUGUCAUCAACUCAUCUGUCAGUAGUUCCGAGGAGACCAGGAAUGUAGUGUUUCAUGUACUAACGGAUGCACAAAAUUUCUAUGCCAUGAAGCAUUGGUUUUCAAGAAAUGCCUACAGGGAAUCAGCUGUCAAUGUCAUUAACUAUGAACAUAUUAUUUUGGAGAAUUUGCCAGAGUUUAGCAUGCAGCAGUUAUAUAUGCCUGAGGAAUUCCGUGUUUUCAUCAGUAGUUUUGAGCGGCCUACUGAGAAGUCUAGAAUGGAGUAUUUAUCAGUGUUCAGUCACUCACAUUUCUUUAUUCCGGAAAUAUUUAAAGAUUUAAAGAAGGUCAUUGUGUUGGAUGAUGAUGUGGUGAUUCAACGGGAUCUCUCUUUCUUGUGGAAUCUUGAUAUGGGAGAUAAGGUCAACGCUGCUGUCAAGUUUUGUGGCCUGAGACUGGGCCAACUAAGAAACCUUCUCGGUGAGGCAGCAUACGAUCCCCAGUCAUGUGCAUGGAUGUCUGGGGUGAAUGUGAUUAAUCUGGACAAAUGGAGAGAAUAUAAUGUUACAGAGAAUUACCUGCAACUCCUGGAAAAGUUCCGAAACAGUGAUGAUGAGGCCUCAGUGCGAGCCACAGCUUUACCUAUAAGCUUGCUUUCCUUCCAGAAUCUUAUAUAUCCUCUUCAUGAGAGGUUGACUUUAUCUGGACUAGGCUAUCACUAUGGAACUGAAGAAGAAGCUAUCCGAACUUCUGCAUCAUUGCACUACAAUGGUAAUAUGAAACCUUGGCUUGAGUUGGGUAUACCAAACUACAGGAAGUACUGGAAGAGGUUUCUUGCACGAGAUGAGCGAUUCAUGGAUGAGUGCAAUGUAAAUCCAUAGCGCACUUUGAACCUGGGAACCAGAACAUUUUACGGUAGAUUGUUUCGUCUACUGCUGUACUAUAUACCAAGAGGAUGAGCACUUCCAGUGAAAAGACCAGGAAAGCAGUCAUUAGCCAUCAAUUUUGACAGAGUAGAUCCAACACCAUCUGUUCAUUGAAUUAGUGAGCUUAAUGGAUGGUUUUUCUGCAGUUAGAGAAAGUAGUCUUAAGUUGAAGGAUAAUGCUGUAGACAAUGAUGUGUAGUGGUGAGGCUUCAGGUAAAAGGGAGUGUCACUCUCGUCAUCUAGGUUACGGAACAGGAUGAUCGGUGACGUGCUGCGGCACCUUUAAUUGAAAUUGGGGCCUUACACGUCAUCGAUGCAGGUUGAUUCUUUUCUUCAUUAAAUUUUUGACCUGGCUUGUUUUGUCCUUCUACCAAUAAGGACAUACACAGGCUAAAUUCAAAUUCUUUGUUCUUAGUUGCUGCACAUGGAUUGUUUAUCAUUGUUACGUGGAUGGAAAGUAUAUUUUGUCUGUCGGAAAUUUAUCAGUUACACAGCAAGAUUAACAGCUCUUUGGUUGUCUUUGAAGUUCUUA